ACAUAAAAUGUGCUUAGACAUAGGGGGAUACACUGUGUCGCAAAUGGAUGGUGUCUCUGUGUUUGUUAAAUGUAUAAAAUAGACCAAAGACAUUACUCUUUUAGCUCAGUCAAAUGACAUUAUACUGUAGUUUGCGUGGUAAGAGCUUUUGAAAAACUUUCAGAAUAUAUUAUUGACUUGUGAGUCAUCCAACGCCUUUUCGCUUAUGCACGAGUGUGUAUACGAGCAUAUGCAAAUAUCAAAACACAAAGGUGUGAAGCUGCAUGCCCUUUUGUACGUUUUUAUAAUCAAGGGUGUUCAUCGGAUAUGUGCCCACCUGCUGAUUCCCGCCAUAUGGCCCUCACUUUCAUUUUCCCUGCAUGCAUCUUUCUGUAUGUUGGCCACACAUCACGAGAUCAAGAAGAUCUGGGUUUGAAUCUCCGUUUGGGCAUCUCUGUGUUGAGUUUGCAUGUUCUCAUGUUCUUGCAUGUACGUGGGUUUUCUCCGGGGACUCCGGUUUCCUCCCACAUUCCAAAAACAUGCACGUUAAGUUAAUUGGAGAGUCUAAAUUGUCCAUAGGUAUAAAUGUGAGUCAGAAACAUGGUGUAAAUUAAAACACCUAACACUGUAAUUUACAAUGUGACCACUGGGAGGUGCUACCGAGCUGAAUAAAUACGCUCACAGAGCUACAUGUUCAUCCAGCCAUCCAUUUUCUAUACCGCUUGUCCUCAGUAGAGAGCUACACAAACACACGGGAUGUGAUUGGGCUUAAUAAUAUAUUUGACAUCAUGGCUUAUAACUAUAAAAUAAUAAACUAUAGAUAUACAUAUAUAUACCCUUACAGAGUCCGAAUAGAGCCUCCAUUGAUGGAUGUGUCGAGGAAUUAUAUGAUAUCUUAUAUUAUGGACUGUCAAUGAUGUAUUAAUACUGAGAAACCCGUCAUAAAUGCAAAUGCAUGGUUUAUUGUUUUGUCGCCACAAGCUGCAUGUCCCCUCUUCUGUUCUGUCGUCUUUUUCGCGCCACCCGUACGAACAAGCCCCGCCUCCACCGUGAUAUCCCUUCCGGUUACUUCCGCGCUGGCCAAUAAAAACAAGUGGAAUUUGUGUUUGGCCAAUGAAAGGCAAGAGAAACGCCUCCUGGCGACCAACUCGCGGGAAACAGACAGGAAAGAGUUCACUUUUGCCGCGAAACAACCUCCAUCGUCAUUGUUAGCAGAAGUGGUCGUUCAUAUUGUGUUUCGAAUACUUAGUUAAGAAAGACUCAACCUUUCUGCAACAUCAUGUCUGGCUUUGACGAUCCGGGAGUUUACUACAGCGACAGCUUUGGAGGGGGAGAAGGACAGGGCCCAGAUGACGGAGGACAGAAGAGGAUCCAGAUCAAGAAAAGAUUCCGCGAAUUUCUUCGACAAUUCAGAGUUGGAACUGACCGCACCGGCUUCACAUACAAAUACAGAGAUGAGCUGAAGAGACACUACACUCUGGGGGAGUACUGGGUGGAGGUUGAGAUGGAGGACCUUGCCAGCUUUGAUGAGGAUCUCUCAGACGGUCUUUACAAGCUUCCUACAGACAACCUGCCACUGCUGGAGGAGGCCGCAAAAGAGGUAGCUGAUGAGGUGACCCGCCCCCGGCCAGUCGGAGAGGAGACGGUGCAGGACAUCCAGGUGAUGCUGAAGAGUGACGCACAUCACGCUUCUAUCCGCAGCCUUAAGUCCGAGCAGGUGUCUCGUCUUGUGAAAGUACAUGGCAUCAUCAUCUCGGCGACGGGGGUGAAGGCGAAGGCCACCAAGGUGUGUCUGCAGUGUCGCGGCUGCCGUACCAUCAUCAACAACAUCUCCCUGCCCCCGGGCCUGCAGGGCUACGCUCUACCACGCAAGUGCAACAAGGAUAAUACUGGAACGGCUAAGUGCCCCGUGGAUCCCUUCUUCAUCAUCCCGGACCGCUGCGUUUGCGUCGACUUCCAGACGCUCCGCUUGCAAGAAUCUCCGGAUGCUGUACCACAUGGAGAGAUGCCCCGCCAUCUUCAGCUCUACUGUGACAGGUACCUUUGUGACCGCGUGGUCCCGGGAAACCGAGUAACCAUCAUGGGUAUCUACUCCAUCAAGAAGAUGGCUGCUGCGAAGGCCAAAGGCAAAGAGAAGAGUGCCGGUGUGGGUAUUCGCGCGUCCUACCUAAGAGUGGUUGGCAUCCAGGUUGACACAGAAGGGGCAGGUCGAGGUGCCACCGGCUCAGUCUCUCCACAGGAAGAGGAGGAGCUGAGGUCGUUGGCUGCGUCUCCUGACAUCUACACCUCCCUGGCUCGCUCCGUAGCUCCCUCCAUCUACGGCAGCGAUGAUCUCAAAAAGGCUAUCACGUGUCUGCUGUUUGGAGGUUCUAGGAAGAGGCUGCCUGAUGGUCUCACUCGCAGAGGCGAUAUCAACCUGCUCAUGCUUGGAGAUCCUGGUACAGCCAAGUCUCAGCUGCUCAAGUUCGUGGAGAGGUGCUCACCUAUUGGGGUUUACACCUCAGGAAAGGGCAGCAGUGCUGCUGGUUUGACCGCUUCUGUUUUGAGGGACCCGACCACGCGUGGGUUUAUCAUGGAGGGCGGAGCCAUGGUGCUGGCUGAUGGCGGUGUUGUCUGCAUUGAUGAGUUUGACAAGAUGCGAGAAGAUGACAGAGUGGCCAUCCAUGAGGCCAUGGAGCAGCAGACCAUCUCAAUCGCCAAGGCUGGCAUCACCACCACGCUGAACUCUCGCUGCUCUGUGCUGGCUGCUGCCAACUCUGUGUUUGGCCGCUGGGAUGAUACCAAGGGGGAGGACAACAUUGACUUCAUGCCCACCAUCCUGUCCAGAUUUGACACCAUCUUCAUCAUCAAAGACCAGCAUGACCAGCAGAGGGACAUGACAUUGGCUCGCCACGUGAUGAACGUUCACCUGAGCGCUCAGACACAGACGGAGGGUGUCGAGGGCGAGAUCCCGCUGGCCACCUUUAAGAAAUACAUCGCCUUCGCCAGGGCUAAAUGCGGCCCUCGUCUCUCUGCUGCGGCUGCCGAGAAGCUGAAAAACCGCUACGUGCUGAUGAGGAGCGGUGCAAGGGAGCACGAGAGAGAGACCGACAAAAGACCCUCCAUCCCCAUCACUGUCCGGCAACUGGAGGCUGUUGUGCGCAUAGCAGAGUCUCUGGCCAAGAUGAAGCUGCAGGCUGUGGCUGGAGAGGAAGAGGUGGAUGAGGCCCUCAGACUCUUCCAGGUUUCUACUCUGGAUGCUGCGCUGUCUGGCAGCCUUUCAGGAGUGGAGGGCUUCACCACUCAAGAAGACCAGGAAAUGAUCUCCCGCAUUGAGAAGCAGCUAAAGAGACGCUUCGCUAUCGGUUCCCAGGUAUCUGAGCACAGCAUCGUCCAAGACUUCAGCAAACAGAAAUACCCAGAACAUGCUAUCUACAAAGUCCUCCACCUGAUGUUGAGAAGGGGUGAGCUUCAGCACCGCAUGCAACGAAAAGUGCUCUACAGAGUCAAGUAGACGUGUGCGCGUGUGUGCGCGCGCGUGUGCGCUCCACCGUAUAAACAUUGUAAAUAAUUCUUGUCUGUGUCUUAGCCAGUGAAUGCUGUUGCAUGUACCCUUCAUGAUUGUUCUGGUGAAUUACUGUCUACUUGACUUUGAAAUUGUUAAGGGUGUGACCGUUGCCACCCAUGGAAAUGAUGCUUUUGUACCACCAUAGAGCAUCUUCUGUAAAGAAUUCAAAUAUUGAAGAUCACAAAUAAAAUGUUUGGCAGUU